CUCAUAUUCUACGAGUAUGCCCUCACACUGUCAACAGAAGUGGAAUCUGUAUGGAAUGGUGGAAAGUCUCUAGUCACUGCGCUUUUUCUCUUCAAUCGGUAUGCUUUGCUGGCGGUUGGUGUCCUUGAUCUGUUGAACGGACCAAUCUACUGGAGCACUCCGCUCGUGACAAUCAUCAUAAUCCCGAAGGUGGCUUUGUCUGACAGAUAUGCAGGAUUUUCUGCUCUACGCGUGUAUGCUAUUAGCGGCCACAGAUUGGCACCUGCCCUAAUUACUCUCACCUUGGGAAUGGUCUUCGUAGGUGUGCGGGUAGUACGUGCAUCUUCUUAG